AUGCCCACGCACAUAUCGUUCAACAACUCGGAGGACAAUUCGGACUCGUCCGUGUCCAAGCCCAACAAGGCGCACACCCACACACAUCCCCAUGAGCAUCCUAUUGGCGGUAACCCUCCAGGGUACACGCGGGACCCCCAGAACUCACCGGCGCUGAGCUACAACUGGGACGAGGAGCGGCUCAACGUGCCCAGCAAACGCGACGAGCGCAGCAGCAGCAACAAAAACAACACCACCAACCGCGUGUACACCCACAACAACGACUCGUCCAACUCGUAUUUGGACGAUUACACGAGCUACACGGACGACGAUCCCGACGACAAGCAGAACCCGUUCUCGUCCACCAACGACAUCACCCGACACAAUGAGGACGACACGCUGGCCGAGGACAGCGAGCUGGCGGACGGCGAGUACGACUCCAAUGAGGGCCCCUCGAGGCGGGUCUCAAAUAGACUAUCCAAGCCGUUCCACCAGCUGGGAGACCGGAUCCACGAGGGCUUUGAGACGCUCACACGGUCCAACACAAAGAUGAAGCGAAACCGAUGGGGCACACAACACAACGCCAAGGGCCGGCCAAAGCGGUCCAAGUCCAUUUUUAACCGGAAACACUCGAUUCGUCAACAUAGUGGAAACCAGGGAAAGAUGAACGACAAGCCUGUCAAGGGCCCCAGAACCAUCUACUUCAACCAGGUAUUGCCACCCAGCGCAGUCAACCCCGACACCGGUUUCCCUAUGGAGGACUAUCCCCGAAACAAGAUCCGAACGACAAAGUACACGCCAUUGACUUUCAUUCCAAAAAACUUGUUUUACCAGUUUCGAAAUGUGGCCAAUAUUUAUUUCCUGCUCAUUUUGAUUUUAGGUUUCUUCCCCAUUUUCGGUGUGCUGUCACCGGGACUGGCAACGCUACCUCUAAUCGUGAUUAUCGUCAUCACAGCCGUCAAAGAUGCGAUUGAGGAUUGGCGACGAACAGUCCUCGAUAUGGGCGUCAACAACACACCCACACAGAUCCUCCGCGAAAUGCCCAACCACAACGUCGUGGACGACCACAUUUCGCUGUGGCGAAAAUUCAAAAAGGCAUGCACCCGGACCGUGACCAACGCGGGAAAGAAGAUGAAGAAGGAGAAGGACGGCAAGGGCAACUCGCCCUACAACCUGGAGCUGGCCGCCAGCAAAACCGUAGAGAGUAUCGUCUCGAUUGCAUCAGAUAACCGAGGCAACCAGGCCUAUCCCUUGUCGGAUAUGCCUUCGUCUGGCUUUGGUAACAACAACCCCUUCGCCAGCGAGGCAGAUCUGGCCAAUGAGUCCAUCAAACGAGAGGCCCAGAAACCGCUGGGAGCCCAGUACGGCUCGGUCAUGGACCCCUUCAUCACUAUUCCCGAGCGAGCCAAGUUCAAAACGGACUACUGGAAGAACGUGCGAGUCGGAGACAUUGUGCGUGUUCGACCAGACGUGGAGGUGCCUGCCGAUCUCGUGGUUCUGUCCACUUCGGACUCUGAUGGUGCCUGUUACGUGGAAACCAAGAACCUGGAUGGUGAGACCAACCUCAAGGUGCGUCAGGCUCUCAAGUGCGGUGAUGGAAUUCGGCAUUCACGUGACCUGGAACGAGCUCGAUUCCGAAUCGAGUCCGAGGGCCCUCAGCCCAACUUGUACUCCUACAACGGUGUGGCCAAGUGGCUCAACCGAAAGGAGGACGAGUCUCUGGAGGACACCCAGGAGCCCAUCAACAUCAACAACAUGUUGUUGCGAGGCUGCACGCUCAGAAACACUGACUGGGUUAUUGGUAUCGUUAUUUACACCGGUGAGGACACUAAGAUCAUGCUCAACGCCGGUGAGACUCCCAGUAAGCGGUCCAAGAUGUCUCGAGAGCUCAACGUUAUGGUUUUCCUCAACUUUGGUCUCCUGUUCAUGAUCUGUUUCGUCUCUGGUAUUGUCAACGGAGUCAUCUUUGACAAGAGUGGAACAUCGAUGAAGGUCUUUGAGUUUGGUUUGAUUGCUGGAAACGCGUCUGUUGGAGGUCUGGUCACUUUCUUUGCUUCCCUCAUUCUGUACCAGUCUUUGGUUCCUAUUUCCCUCUACAUUUCGAUUGAAAUUGUCAAAACUAUCCAGGCAUUCUUCAUUUACUCCGAUGUCCAGAUGUACUACGCUCCGAUCGAUUAUCCGUGUACACCAAAGUCGUGGAAUAUCUCAGAUGAUCUCGGUCAGAUUGAGUACAUCUUCUCAGACAAGACUGGUACGUUGACUCAGAACGUUAUGGAGUUCAAAAAGGCCACCAUCAAUGGCAAAGAGUACGGUCUGGCAUACACUGAAGCCACUGCCGGUAUGCGGAAACGGCAAGGCGCCGAUGUGGACAAGGAGGCUCGAGAGAUGCGAGGCCGAAUCACAAAGGAUCGAGAGCUCAUGCUCAAGGAGCUUCGAAAAAUUGACGAUAAUCCUCAGCUCAAGGACGAGAACGUGACGUUUGUGUCGUCCGAGUUUGCUCGAGAUGUUGGCUCUGAUGGUCCCCAGGGAGAGGCGUGUCGACAUUUCAUGUUGGCGCUUGCCCUGUGUCAUUCCGUGGUCACCGAGGUCAAGGAUGACGUAAUUGAGUUCAAGGCCCAAUCUCCCGAUGAGGCUGCUCUUGUCGCCACUGCUCGAGACAUGGGGUUCACCUUCCUUGACCGAACUCAGCGAGGAGCUGUUGUCGACAGACAGGGUCAUCGGUCUGAGUACCAGAUUCUCAACACUCUGGAGUUCAACUCGACCCGAAAGCGAAUGUCUGCCAUUGUCAAGGUGCCUCACAAGGGCGGCAACAAGAUUCUGCUGUUCUGCAAGGGUGCUGAUUCGGUCAUCUACAGUCGUCUCAAGCCCAACCAGCAGACAAGAAUGCGACAGGAGACGGCAGCUCAGCUCUCUGAGUUUGCAGAGGAGGGUCUUCGAACUCUGUGUCUUGCUCAGCGAGAACUGUCGCGAAAGGAGUACGAGGAGUGGAACCUGCGUCACGAGGAGGCUUCUGCUUCUCUGGAGGACCGAGAGGAAAAGAUGGAGGAGGUUGCUUCCAGCAUUGAAUGCGAGCUGGAGCUCAUUGGAGGCACUGCCAUUGAGGAUCGGCUUCAGGACGGUGUGCCCGAAGCCAUCGAGCUGUUGGCCAAGGCCGGCAUUAAACUGUGGGUUUUGACGGGUGACAAGGUCGAGACCGCCAUCAAUAUUGGUUUCUCUUGCAACCUUCUUAACAACGACAUGGAGCUGCUGGUCAUCAGAGCUGAUACAGACGACAAUGACUCGACCAAGGGAGCUACCCCCAAGGCCGCUGUUCGUCGAUCCAUCGAGAAGUAUCUGUCUCAGUACUUUAGCAUGUCUGGCAGCUAUGAGGAGCUUGAGGCUGCGAAGAACGAUCACUCGCCUCCUAAGGGCAACUUUGCCGUCAUCAUUGACGGUGAGGCGCUGACUUAUGCUCUCCAGUCGGAGAUUUCUACCCAGUUCCUGCUGCUGUGCAAACAGUGUCGAUCUGUGCUGUGCUGUCGAGUCUCUCCCGCUCAGAAGGCUGCUGUCGUUCGUCUGGUGAAGAACACUCUUACAGUCAUGACUCUGUCUAUUGGAGACGGAGCCAACGACGUGGCUAUGAUCCAGGAGGCUGAUGUCGGAGUUGGUAUUGCCGGAGAGGAAGGUCGUCAGGCCGUUAUGUGUUCGGAUUACGCCAUUGGUCAGUUCCGGUUCCUGGACAGACUACUGCUGGUCCACGGACGGUGGGAUUACAAGCGUCUGGCUGAAAUGAUUCCCAACUUCUUUUACAAGAACUUGGUUUUCACGUUCACGCUGUUCUGGUACGGAUGUUUCAAUACCUUUGAUGCUGCCUACCUCUACGACUACACUAUUGUCAUGUUCUACAACCUGGCCUUCACUUCUCUGCCGAUCAUCUUCCUCGGUGUCCUUGACCAGGAUGUGCCCGACUACAUUUGCAUUGCGGUUCCUCAGCUCUACCGAAGUGGUAUUCUUGGUAUUGAAUGGGGCAUGCGUCGAUUUGUCGAAUACACUGUCGAUGGCCUGUACCAGUCGCUUGUGUGUUUCUUCUUCCCCUUCCUCAUGUUCUACAACACCGCUUCGGUUCGAUCCGAUGGUCUGGCCAUGGAUCAUCGGUUCUUCAUGGGUAUUCCUGUGGCGUCCAUUUGUGUGAUUGCAUGCAACAUGUACGUCAUCAUGAACCAGUACCGAUGGGACUGGGUGUCGAUCCUCAUCUUCUCCAUUUCGAUUCUGCUUGUCUACUUCUGGAUUGGUGUCUACACCUGUUCCACCUUCUCCAUUGAGUUCUACAAGGCUGCUCCCAUGGUCUUUGGAUCCACCACCUACUGGGCCGUUCUUCUGCUUGGUGUGGUGGCAGCUCUGCUUCCCCAUUUUGCCGUUCUCUCCUUCAACAAGAUCUUCCGACCUCGGGACAUUGAUAUUGUUCGAGAGGAGUGGCACAAGGGCGCCUUUGAUGACCUGGAGCGACGAGCCAAGCUCAUUGCCGAUAACCCCAACUACGUGCCUUCUUACAACAAGGACGACAUGGACCCCAUCUUCUCCGAGGUGGAUCUCGAUUUGCCCCAUGGAAUGCUUGACCCUUCCACUCCUCGACCUGAUCGGUUUGGAGGACAGAAGUUUGGAGAUCAACUCAACUCUCCUUACAAGGACUCCCCCUAUGGAAACGCCGAGACCCCUCGUCUGUCUGAGCCGUACUCCCCUACCACCUCUGGAGUGACUCCUGACCACUAUGGUUCUCCUCAAGAGGUGGCUGCUGUGCAGAACAUGUCUCCUCAGGGCAUGUCUCCCCAGGGCGCUAGCUACAUGCAACAGUCUCCUCAGGGCGCUAGCUACAUGCAGCAGUCUCCCAGCUAUGUGCAGCAGGCGCCUUUGGGCCAAAUGUCUCCCACGGGAGGCUUCCAGACGUCACCAGGACAGCUGCGACCCAACCCCAACGUCAACCGGGGCAUUGAGUCGUCCAUGUACGACGUGGAUUCGUACUACAUGAACGGCGAGCACAUGCACACGAUCCCCUUGGACAAUACGCAGGCCAACCAGAUGGCGCUUCAGAACGCUGCCAUGCAGACGGACCCCAACCGACUCUCCAUGAUGUCACAACAGUCCACUUUCCAACCCACAAUCCAGCCAGUGAACAACAACGUUCAGAUGGCCACUUCACCUACGCAGAUGGGCAGCAACAACCCGAUGAUGGGCUCGGGAGUUGCUCCCUCAGUGGAUCAGUUCUACACGCCCAAUCCUCAAUAUGGACAGUCUCCCCCCAACAACAACAACAACAACAACAACCAGUUUGACUUUUCCAACAAAUUUUAG